GGAAAAUAAGAAAACCCUCAGCCCACCUCUCAUAAAAAUCUAACCUAAACUAUUAAAUUUCCUCUUUGCCUUUUGAGAUUGGAUUUGGAUCUUCAGUUUUCCCUAACGCCGGCUACUUCUGAAUACACACAUUUAUAUAAGAUGUCAAGUAAGAAAGAGGAGAAAACUCAGGCAGCUUCCGACAGAAUCAAGGCUGCAGCACUGAGUGCUGCAAAAGGCCUAAGUCGAGCUCAAGCGGAAAGGGCGGCUGCUGCAGCCGCCCGAAAUGUCAAUGCUUACGGGCAAAAGGAAGAGGGACCAAGUAGAUGGCAAGAGAAAAGGGAAGCAAAGAGGCAAAUGUAUUUGAUGAGUACCGAAAAGGCGGUUAGAUUAGGAGAAAGGAAAGACAAGGCCACUAUGAUGUCUACUAUCGGUGCUUCACAGUGUCAAAGGUGUUUCCAGGCGGGGCAUUGGACGUAUGAGUGUAAGAAUGAGCGGGUUUAUAUGUCGCGACCAUCGCGAACUCAACAGCUUAAGAACCCAAAAUUGAGAAUGAAGCCUUCAAUCUCUUAUGAUUUGGAUAACCCAGAUGUUAAGGAUGAGAAGGAUGAUAGUAGGUCUAAGAAAAGCAAGCGGAAGCAUGGGUCAGAUUCAGGUUCUAGUAGUAAUAGUGAAGCUUCUGUUUCCGAGACCGAUAGUGGCAGUGCAUCAGGUUCUUCAGCAGAGAGUAGUACGGAUUACAGCUCGUCAUCGGAGUCUGAGAAGAGACAUAGGAGGAAGAAGAAGAAUAAGAAGAAGAAGGUGAGGCGGACUAGGUACAGCUCGUCUUCUGAGUCUUCCGACUCAGAAUCUACGUUGGAUUCAGAUUCUGAUGGUAAGAGCAGGCGACAGAAGAGGCGGAAGCAUAACAGAAAGCAAUGAAAGGAACAUCAUUGUUGUCAAUGUGAGAUUUGGGUGUUUUAAGAUGGGAUAAUUUUACCAUCUCUGCUUGCGGUUUUCUGUAGCCUUUACAAAUGCUGGAGAUCAAACACUAUGACAUAAGGAUGCUAGAUGUUUUCAUUGCUUUUCCGUUUUGUACUGGAUGCUUUGUUAUUUGUUGUGUGUUAUGAAAUGAUUGUACUUGGAAAAUCCUCUUCUUAAUUUCACUUUGAACGCUCCAUCACUUUUUC